AUGCUGAAUACAAUGUCUCAAUUUUCUGGACGUCGCAUGAAACUGGAUCCGGAGGAUCAAAAUUUCCACUGCACAUCAAAUAUUGUGAGUUUUUUUAGUCUUUGUUUCCAUGUUUAGAAAAAAGUCAAAUUUCGAAUAAAGUGCUGGCACAAAGGGCGCAGAACUUUUGUUUUUUCCGAGCUACGCCCGCAGUACUUGUUGCUCCUGUUGAUUUACAGUCGUAUUGGACAAUUGUUUUAUUACUUAUCUUCAGAUUUCGUCACAUCUUCAUCAACUUCGCUUCAACCCCCUCCUUCUCCUUCAACUUCUCAUCAAGGAUCGACCAAUUGUGAACAACAAAGGACCUCUGCAACAAGUGAACCUGAAAUUUGGACAUCAUCAUAGUUUGUCAAUAAUGGAGUGGUAA